AUGGCCAGCCACGGCCCGAAGCCACGACCAGCACCCCCUGCGCCCAAACACACCGACCACCGCAACCGCCGCCGACAUGCGCCGACAACCGGCGCCGCGGUGCCGUCCGUGCCGGCCGCUGCCACCGUCGCCGCAUCCCAGCGCCGGCCCCCGCCCACCACGCACACCCACGCGCACCCAUCGCGCGGCCACCGGAUCCGGCCGAGGCAACGCCGGAUCCGUGGCCAGCCACCGCAGCCGUCGCAGAGGGACGCCACGCCGCUGGCGAGCAAGCUCACCUCCGCCACCGGCCGAGAGCCCCCGCGGCUCCACGCGCACCCCGCGGCCGCGCAGUCACCGGAUCCGGCAGGCGCCAUGCCGGAUCCGCAGCCGCCGGGCCACGCCGCCACGGGCCGGCGCCCCCGCCGGUGA